AUGGCUCCAAAACGUGCUCGUGAUGAUUCUUCUGCGAUUGAUGGAUCCAGCAAAGUUAAAAAGGCCAAGCGCGGAUUCCGUGUCGGACCGGACAACCUUCCCGACGGUGCCUGGCGUCGCAAGGUGACCAAAAUCAAAAGGGAACUUAUUACGAAAGCGAAAGUAAAGAAGGAGUAUGCCAAGAUCAAGGCCGAGCACCAGAAGCAAGUCACGACAACACCAGCCCCAGACCCGAUUACCACCAGCGACAAUGACGACGCAGAUGCCACCCGGGACCAAAUCCACCCCGAGCGACAAGCGAUGCUAGACUCUUCGUCUUCAUCACGGCCGAACCUCGAACCAAAACCUCAAACCGUCACCGAUAACGACACGAACAACGAUGUCGGCACUCCGUCCAACAAAAUCCAGUUACCACCAUCACAACACCGCCACCACCAACAACAACAACCAGAAGCCGAAGCCGCCGAAGACGAACCACCACACCUCCACCCCCACCCCCACCGAAGAAAGAACCACCAACGCCCUCCCAACGGCUACUUCAGCAAAGAACUCGCCGCCGCCGAGCGCGCCAAACAAGCGGCCGCCGACCGCCGGGCCGAAGCCGAGCGGCGCGAGCAAGAACGCCAGCGCCGCAUAGCCGACCGCGACCGGUACCGUCGGGCGAUGGAUAAGGCAAAGGCUCCCGGACGGGACGGGCGGCCGCGGGUUGGGAGGGAGAGUAAAUUGCUGCUGGAGAGGGUUAGGAGGGUUAUGGGGGGGAGUAGUUGA